AUGGCAUCAACUCGUAUGUCACCCGGCGGGGCACUUCUAAGAGCAUCCAGGGUCUUCGCAAUCCCUAAUCCUCUCCCACGACCAACCGGCAAUCUCUCCUCUCAAGCAACAUUCGAUUCCGAUACUGCCACUCUCCCCCAUCCAAUCCAUCAAUCAAUUACCACUCCCCAAUCCUCCCUCGCAAAAGGUGAUUGGGGUUUCAAACGUCCCUUACCAUUACGAGCUACCACACGCACAUCUACACCCAUCAUCCGCGUAGAAUCCAUCGAUACCUUCGAACACGUUACCGAGUUUGGCUCUGCAGCCGAUCAUACUUUAACGUUGCGCAAAUGGCAGGAAAUGAAUAUUCCAAUCUCGACUCCUAGACCUAGUAGAUCGGCUAUAGUGGCUACGAGGGAUCAGAAUAUUCCUAAGCAUAGGAGUGUGUUUGAGGAUAAUAUCGAUACGACUGUGAGGAAUGAUUCUCUUAAUCCGGCACUCAUUGGUCAGGGCAAAGAUGAUACACGUUGGAAGUUUUCAGGACCUUGGCUUGCCGGUCUCACAGAAGGAGAAUUUCAAACUUAUGUUGCGAAAGAGGUGGGCAGGAAAAAGAGCGAAUUCAGACAAUUUCUUAGGGAAUCUUGUGCUUUAUCUCUUACGAGUGAAGCUCGUGCUAAGGCUCGUGCUAGAGCACUUGAGAAUGAUGAGGAUGUAACAAAUACCCUAGAGAUAACGGCCGAUCAAAUCUCUGAAGAUCAAUUAUCUACAUAUAUCAGAUACAUCUCCGACAUGAUGAAUCCACUCUGUAUCAACAGAUCCGCGCCUUCCUCGAUCUUGCACCCUCACCAAGCUCCUAUACCCGAAGGAGAUAGUCCAGAUUAUACCCAUCCUGUUGAUAUCCCCACAUCCCCAUCUCCAUACGCAGAAUCCGGUCCUCCAAAACCCAUCCUCGGCUGGAUUAUCCUACUCGCGAAGUAG